AGGCUAAGACGCACCUUACCUUCUACAGUAGCAAAAGAACAGAAUCAUCACUUUAAGAAUCAGACCAGCGAAUAAUUCCGCUGACUUCGAUUGGGCGUGCAUCCCAUGUAGCAAAUUAGACACAUUACCGAUUGAGCCGAUGAAAUCAAUACAAUCUCCGACUGUCGGCUCCUUGAUCAGCUUCUCGCGCUAAGGCCGCAACCUAGAGGCGACAAGACGAUAAAUAGCCUUGAAUUUUUCUCAUGAGAAUUCUUGUCCUUUCCGCCAAACCAAACAACACAGAUUCCUCAGAGAACACUUGCCUUGUGUGAGAAGGCAAGGACCCAACAGAUAUCACACAGCAACUGCAAACAAACAUCUGCGCACGUCACAGAUCAUAAUAGUCUUCGGACACACCCAAAGAUCGAACCCUCUUUCCUCCGUCAUGCGUUCCUCCAAGUUCAACGUCAUGAUUCUGAUCACCUUCCUCAUUCUCCUCCUCACCACCACCCUCGCAGCUCCUGCAGGCGACUCUGCGAUUCUCGACUUGACAGCCGAGGAGAUCUCAAACCUCACCACUGUCCCCACCUACCCGAACCCCUAUCUCGGCGGUCGUGACGACAAUGACAUCGCAGCAGUCCAAGGCAACCCAGAGACUGGAGAAUGGUUCAAGCCAGAACCGAAGGUUUCAUUCCAGUCCUGCAAGCCACGCCAAGAUGUCCACCAAAUGUGCACCCUUGCCUAUGCCCGCAGAGUCAACGAUAACGCCGUAAAGUUUGUUGCAUACGACCACAACUGCUACCGCCUUGGUGAAUGGACGAGAAACAUCGAUGAAUUACACCGCGAAGUUAAUGGUGAAAAGCAUGGGACUGACUUGGUUACCAGCAAGUUGAAGUGGAACAUUCUCCUCUGGAUGGGUGAGGACUGGCAAGGAGCUCCCGCCAGAAACUACAAUUUGAAGAUCUACUACAGCUGGUACGUCAGCUUUCCAUUUUAUUGGAGAGAUCGGCCAGAAGACUGGCGCUCUUCGAACAGAGUCCAAUCUAGCGUCUGGAAGGGUGUGUUUUACGACUUCUUCCGAAUUCCUUUCAAUUGCGGAGACGAGUACCCUUGAUUGAGAUCAUUUUAAUGGCUUCUAAUACGGUCAAACGUCCAUUGGGGAGAAAGUUUAGGCAUAAAUCCUGAAAGCAUGGGGGUCAUAUUGCAUGGUUUCUUUCUCUGAUCUCUUGCAUUUGUUUGCUUGGGCAGGGAUGUUUUCUCGAAUUGGCAAAAUCUUUACUGAGAGCUAUGCAAAUGCUAUACGCAUUUAAUUACCCUCAUUAGUGCACACGGAUC